AUGGAGGACAACAAUUCUACCACAGAUCAGAACUCCUUUUCGACGCUCGAUCCAGUUGAAGGAGAGUCUCUCAAUACAACAUGGCUCAAUCACAUAUUUAUUGAACAGCUGUUUCUCAAUACAGAUUAUGCAGAAUUCAAAUACAAUGUUGAUAAAGCACUGGAGCGUGGUCUUAUUUCUUCACUAAGCGUUGCUAGCCACAUCACUACCAUUUUUGGUCAGCAGGAAGGAUAUCAACUCGGAAGAGUGCUGGAAUAUCAAACGGUAACUUCUUCAACGGCUUUGAGAUGGUUGUUGAUUGCAUAUGGGUCAGAUUCAACACGGAAAUUUUUCGUGGAUGGCUGUAUGGACGUCGUGAAGGAGGUUGAUGGACUGGUGAAGGCAGAACCGGGACGAAGUGUCUACACGCAAGAUGAAAAACUUCGUGCUGAACAGAUCGCAGCAAAGGAGUGGCUCGAAAAAGUAAAGAAAUGUGCGGGAGUGCUGAACUAUUGGUUGCGAGUCGCCGAAGAGCAACUUAAAUUCGAUCAGCGCUGGGGCACAGCCAAGAAGUGGGUUUUGCAUGGAGACGGCUGGGGACAUUUGGAACAGAUCUGGAGAACAGGGCUCAUAGAGAAGUUGGCGAUAACUCUUCGGAAGGCGAAGUCGAAUAUCGCGGUGAAGUUGAUGGAGGCAGGUCAGAAUCCUGACUAUGGCCCACAAUAUGUCAAUUUGUUGCGAGACGCAGGUUUCGCAGAUGGCGGAGAACCAGAAAGAUUGGUAUUCUGGCCUCAGACUGGCAAACUAGAAUGGGUUUAUCCAACGCAAGAGCCAAGAAUUUCGAAGGUGGCAGCAGAGCAAAUUCGAAUGAGUGCAAGUCUUUUCUUGAGCGGCAUUUCACGACGAAGCCAAGUUGCUGCUGUCCAAGAAACUGCUCCUCAUGUAAAGCCGAACAGCCUCCCGGUUGAACAAGAUACGCUUGAUCAGCAUCCUGCUCCUCGAAUACUUAUAAACGGAACUUCUGAUCAUCAGGAUGUCACUUCUCAGGAACUCCCUGAUCGCUGUACUACUGCAGACUCAGAAAUUACUUCUCAAACAAGAAUUGGACUUGCUCUUGGAGAACAAGAUACAGCGCAACAAGUGCUUCCAGGUUCGUCUUCUGAUGAAAAUAUCGCACUUCGAGUCAAGACAAACAUGUUUGCUACUGACUGGGAAGAUACCACUCCAGUACGACCAGGCAAAUCUACAACCUGGUAUUGGGGCCGAGAACCACGUCCAAUUGGUCAUGGCAGUGUUCCUCAGGAACUCGAAGAUUCUAGGUUCUGGUAUUCUGCAAGAAAGUCGUCUGACACACCGCAUGCCAUUGAAGCUAGCGUAACAGCACCUAUUUCGUCUCUUCCGCGAGCUAAGGCUGAGGAAAAUGAGUCUAUUCCUGAGGUUGAAAAGCUUGACCGCGAUAGCAACACACUUCCAGACAUCAAGGGUGAUACCAUCAUGGAAAAAGAUAUAGAAGACUCUAACUCUAAUUAUAUUACAAGCAACAAUCGACCAUAUACUCGUAUUGAUUUGGCUGACCUAGGAAAGAAAUUGGCGGUUUUGGAUGCCGCAGAACUGGAAGCUGCGGAAAAAAAUAAUCAGCAACAAAAUCGAAGCUUAGCCGAACAGACACUGUUGGAUCUACCAAGAAGACACACACAACUCAGAGAGGAACUCCAGCAUUCUGCGAAGAUAAAGAAGACCCUACUAGAUAAGCUAGACAGUGAUACGCCAAUAGGUUCGAAGAUGGAUGCGGUGGGAAUAUUUCUUGAUGCGAUAGAAGAAGAGACUGAGAGAAUGCAAGGAUGGACAGAGGACUUGCGAGAAGCCGAGGCGGAAAUCGAUCGCGGUUACGAUGGAGACUGGGAGGAGGAAUCGCAAAGUGAAGAAACGCAUAAUAACACGCAAGCAAUAUUGAAAACAAGUGUAGAAUGCUCCUUAUCAUUGGAAGGAAAGAAGCAUACACAGAUGAUUGAAAAAUCCUCAACAAUGUUGCUUGGAGAGGGAGAAAGUAUUGAGAGCGAAAAGCAAAAGGCUAAGACAAGUGUGCAUGGGGAAACAGAGGAGACAGAUGCAGGCGAAGUGAUGGAACCCGCGGUUGCUCAAACUGUCGGACGAUUGUCAUUGGGAGACUGA